AUGCCGCCCUUGUACUCCUCGAACCUCCAAGGGCACACACGCGACUCGCUAGAACUCGCGUCGCUCGCAAGUUCCGACCAGCUCGAGACCGCAGAAACCGACUCCCGGCCCAGUAUAUCUUCGUCGCGCAAGCUGUCUCUCGAGCAGGAUGAUCCCCUCGACGCAGAUAACCCGGCCGCCAACGGGCGGCCCAUGGGCCACGGGCGCACAUUUUCCGUGUCCUCGGGCUUCGACUUUACCGCCAACCUCUUUCCGCUGUCUUCGACGACGGGCGCUGGCUACACUCCCAUCGGCGCCCCAGCUGCAACAGCGCAGAACGGCGGUCCAGGUGGAGGCUCCCUCGAGAAGCACAAGACUCUGACGUACCUCAACGGGUUGUCCUUGAUUGUUGGUCUGAUUAUUGGGUCUGGUAUAUUCUCUUCGCCAAGCCAGGUCAAUGCCAACGUCGGCUCACCAGGCGCCGCGCUCAUUGUUUGGGUGAUCGCUGGAAUACUUGCUUGGACUGGCGCGGCCAGUUAUGCAGAGCUGGGAGGCGCCAUACCUCUGAACGGAGGAUCGCAGGUGUAUCUGGCAAAAAUAUUCGGCGAAGUAUGGGGAUUCCUCUUCAUGUGGUCUGCAGUGCUGGUGCUGAAGCCCGGUAGCUCGGCCAUCAUUUCCAUCAUCAUGGGGGAAUACGUUGUCCGGGCUGCUAUUGGCGCAGAAGCAGAGACCAUCAACCCGUGGAUCAACAAGUCAGUGGGCUUGGCUGGGCUGUUCCUAGUGACCUUUUUGAACUGCGUCUCGACGAAGCUUGGAACAAGGGUCAAUGACUUGCUCAUGUUCAUGAAGUUCAUUGCAUUGUUAGGAGUUACGAUCACGGGGAUCGUUGUCGCAGCCACCGGAUACUCCUACAGCGGGAAACCGAACCUGGACUGGAAGAACCAUGAGUGGUUUGAGGGGACCAAGACCGAGACUUCAGCCUGGGCGGUGGCCCUCUACGCUGGUCUCUGGGCUUACGAUGGCUGGGAUAACACAAAUUACGUUGUGGGGGAGUUCCGCAACCCCAGCCGAGACCUGCCACGAGUGAUCCACACGGCUAUGCCACUGGUCAUUCUUUCCUACGUGCUGGCCAAUAUCUCAUACUUCCUGGUGCUGCCGCUUGCGGCCACCAACUCCUCAAACACCAUCGCCGUGCUCUUCGGCGCAAAGGUGUUCGGCCCUAUCGGGUCGCUCUUCCUGGCACUGAUCGUCAGCGCGUCCUGCUUCGGGGCGCUCAACAGCUCGACGUUCACAAGCAGCCGCCUGGUGUACGCGGCCGGGAAAGAGGGCUACAUUCCGGAGCUGUUCGGGCGCAUCGGCGCGGGGUCGAGCGCGCCCGAGAACCAGCACGUGUCGACGGUGCGGACGCGCAACUUCCUGUCGAGCGGGCUGGCGCGGCUGGUGGGCGACGAGGACAAGGGCCUGUUCUUCACGCCCAUCAACGCGCUGGUGCUCAACUGCGCCCUGACGACGGGCUACGUCGUCGUCGGCGAGUUCGACACCCUGCUCACCUUCUACGGCGUCGCCGGCUACUCCUUCUACUUCCUGACCGUCCUGGCCCUCAUCGUCCUGCGCGUCCGCGAGCCCGCCCUCGAGCGCCCCUACCGCACCUGGAUCACCACCCCGAUCAUCUUCUGCUGCGUCAGCCUGUUCCUGCUCAGCCGCGCCGUCUUCGCCGAGCCGCUCCAGACCCUCAUCGUCAUCGCCUUCGUGACCGCCGGCGUGCCUGUCUACCUCCUGCGCGUCAGGAGGAGCAACCCCGCCAAGAGGCCGCGCGAUUAUGACGAGGACGAGUCCGGGCCGUGGUGGAAGUUCUGGAGGCGCUGGCGGAGCUGA